AAGUGACAUCAGUCGCAGCAUCCUGUGGUCUGGAGGUGGUUUCACGUCAACAUGAACCAAAUCACCAAACUACACAUCUAACACUCAACAUUUGUAGCAGAACUUGGGCUUCACCAAAGCUGAGACUCAGCCAUCAAAUCCAUGGUUGAAAAACGGAGUGUCAUGUUUAUGCUACGGAGGAUAAAGUUCAAAACUCUGCUGAUCAUGUUGGCGUGCUUGCUUGUGAUGUUUAUCUGGUACAUCCAGCGCUCGCCACGUGAAAGGAGACGGGUCAGUUUCAGAAAAAUGAGGAUCAGACAGCCGGGUGAUGAGAUCCCGCCGAUGAAGUUCCAGACACCAUCCCCGAAGGAGAGAAAAAAUAUGUAUGCCAAAGCCUUGAGGAAGUUGCCCCGCCCCCUAGGGUUGCACCCCGACGUGGCACUUGUACCGUCGCUGCCCCCGCCUGACUUCAAGCUGCCUCUUCGAGAUUGCGUCGUCCUGCCUCAUCAACCGAGGAAAAACGUGACCAUUUGUAUCUACAAGAUCAAGGACGACGUCUGGGUGUCAGGGAAUCUCAAAGUAGAAAAACUUUGGGAGGAGACUUUAGUGUUGGAGAUGGAUCAAGCAUUGAAGAGCAAUCCUGACCUAAUGCUGGUUGACCUUGGCGCUAACCUUGGCGAGUACACACUGUGGGCUGCAGCCCUGGGUCAUCGUGCCCUGGCCGUUGAGAUGGUUCUAGAAAAUGUCCGCAUGCUGCAGACGUCCCUGAUGCUGAGUGGACUCAGUCAGCUGGUCACUAUAGUAAACAACGCCUUGUACAGUGACCAUCGUACUCUACAGGUCAACUUUAUGAAAAACAACAUGGGAGGCAGCAGACUUAACACCUCCAAAGUCUUUGAAGACCUUGACCUUACACACGGCGUGGUGCUGACGAAGACGAUCUGCAUGGAUGACCUAGUUCCCCUGAUCACAGACAGACCCGUCUACCUGAAGAUCGACAUCGAGAACACGGAGCACGAAGCCCUCAAGUGCGCUAGUCAGUUCUUCUCCAAGGUGAAUGUCGAGGUUGUGCAGAUGGAGUGGUUCCUGAGAUCGCAGGCUGAGAUGGACAACAUCACCAGCUUCAUGUCCCACCUCGGCUUCCACAUGUCUGAGUCUGCUACUCGUCUCAUCAAGCCUGUUGACAUCGAGACCGAUGUGUUUUUCGUGCGAAAACCUGCGCGGGAUGUUUAGCCCAGCAGUGAUGUGUUCAUCAUAAGUAUCGUGAUGUUUAGUUCAAGGGACGGAACUUAGCCCAGCAGUGAUGUGUUCAUCAUAAGUAUCGUGAUGUUUAGUUCAAGGGACGGAACUUUACCUUAGCAGUGAUGUGUUCAUCAUAAGUAUCGUGAUGGUUAGUUCAAUGAACCUAGCGUUAGCCCCGAUCUAUGUGAUCAUCAAGAAUAUCAUUACUCAUUAAAGUGCUUAGCACACAACUAUACAAAUCAUCCUCAAA